GGUAUAUAUGGCCGGAUCAGUCCGGAGAUAGGCACAGUUUGAUUUCAUUCGUCUACAGUUCUAGAACUAUCCAUAGCAGAGAGUGAGGAGUUCCGUGAAGCGGUUCAACUUUGUGAUCUGUUUUCUUCGUAAAACAGAUUUACUUAAAAAUCAGCAAGUUUAGUGAUUUAGUUUAGUCCGUGAGGAGUCCUAGCCAAAUUAAUCAAAAUGAAGAUGUUCAAGUGUUUACUGGUGAUAAGCUGCCUAGCGUCGGUGUCCUUGGCCCACAGUGCAUCUGCGGCGCAAUCGAUCAACUCGAACACGAUUGACGACAGCCAUGACCCACAGCAGCAGACACCACGCUCUGGAUCGUACCUCGGCGAAAUCAAAUACCUGUACAAGACAUACCAGGACUGUGUCAACUCCGAUGUGCCCACCUGCCUGAAACUGAAACUGUACACCAUCCUGGAUCGUGUGGCGCGAUCGCUCAAGGAUUUCAAGAUCAGCGAAGGAGUCAAGUUCGUCCGGGAUCAGGAGGUGCCAAUCGACAGCACACCAGUCAAGAGCGAAGCCCAAAUCGAGAUGGAACUGCCCCGCUCCAUGGAUGAGAAGGAACGCUCUCUGAACUCGAUGCUCUUCGACAAGGUUCUGUCCUUCUUCCAAACCCACACCCUGCAAGUCAAGUUCCCAUCCAGCGAAGAGAUCAAGCGUUCCAUGGAAGAAGUCCGCGCUGGAGGCGGUGGUGGAUUCGGAGGUGGUGUUGGAGGCGGUUUCGGCAACAAGGACAAGGACAAGAAGAACGGACACUGGAUCAUGAUCCCACUGCUGCUCGGAAGCACCCUGGUCCCACUCGCCUUCGGUGCCCUAGCUUUGCUGGCCGGUAAAGCUUUGAUCGUAUCCAAGCUCGCUCUCGCACUCGCCUCGAUCAUCGGUAUCAAGAAACUGAUCUCCAGCGGUGGUGGCCACCACGAGUCUGCCCAUGAGGUCGUCGUCUCCGGUGGACACGGUGGCGGUUGGGGACGUAUCGGUGCUGCCCAAGGAAUGGCCUACAACGGCUAUGGACAUUAUGCCCAAUAAGCCCCCUCAGAACUUCAUCUGAGUGACCUCCACCAAGGUCUCGCUCAGUGAAGCACUCAAAUCAGAAACAGCCAAAGCUUGUGAAGAAGCUCACAGACAGAAACACUACAGACGCCCCACAUCCCACAAACACAAAGAACACACAACACCAAAAAAAGCCCAGAAUGACCGCGAAAUUUCAGGAAACCGACUGAUGAUCGAAAAAGGAUAAUCCAAAUUUUUUGUUUGUUUUACGUUACCUCCUGUGAUCUAUUAACCCCCCUUUUUACCUGAACCUAACCCAUUGGACAACAAACCAAUGCGAAUGGAGUUCCCGAAUUCCGUUCGCCUUCUCGUCUUGUUUUGAAGCAAAAUAGCCUUUAGCAUUUUUUAAAAUAGUUUUAAAAACUUGCUAACAUAUUUAUUUAACUUAAUUGUAAUUUAAUUUAUGCCACUCGAAGAACUGAUUAUUUAUUUAAUUAAGUCUCUUAAGAUCCAUUUGUAAAAAGCCGAAUAAACUAAAAUGAUGAAAUGAAAAAAUAGAAAUC